AUGAGGCCCCGGGCGCCGCUCCUGCGGCUGCUGCUGGCGGUCUCCGCGGCCGCCGCGGCGAUGGUCAACGAGCCCGGGACGGCGUUGUCCCCUACCACGGGGGGCGCCACCCUGGCCAUCGUCUUCGACGUCACCGGCUCCAUGUGGGACGACCUGAUGCAGGUGUUGGACGGCGCCUCGCGCAUUCUGGAGCGCAGCCUGAGUCGCGGCAGCCGGGUCAUCGCCAACUACGCGCUGGUGCCCUUCCACGACCCAGAUAUUGGCCCGGUGACCCUCACGUCGGACCCAGCGGUGUUUCAGAGGGAGCUGAGAGAGCUCUAUGUGCAGGGAGGCGGGGACUGCCCAGAGAUGAGCUUGGGGGCCAUCAAGGCUGCCGUGGAGGUGGCCAACCCCGGCUCCUUCAUCUACGUCUUCUCGGACGCCCGUGCCAAGGACUACCACAAGAAGGACGAGGUGCUGCGGCUCCUGCAGCUCAAACAGUCGCAGGUUGUCUUCGUGCUGACGGGGGACUGUGGUGACCGCACCCACCCUGGCUACCUGGCCUACGAGGAGAUCGCUGCCGCCAGCUCCGGGCAGGUGUUCCACCUGGAUAAGCAGCAGGUGACCGAGGUGAGCCUGCCCCGACAUCCCCAUGUCCCUGGGCGGCUCUGCCCGUCGGCUGGCUUCCAGGAGCAGUGCUGA